AUGAUGGCAUUCUUUUUUUAUAUUUAUUUUAUUUUGCAAUUAUUUUUAAAUUCUCAAGCUUUUCAUUUAAAUAUUAAAAAUCAAAUAAAUACACCAUUUUCUGAAGUAACAUCACAUAGUGAGCCAACAAAUCACAGAAUUAAUGAACCUCCAGGUUAUGAACCGGAUAUUCCAGAGGUAGAAGAUGGUGAAAUAAUGAGGAAUAAUUCUACUAGAGAAAAGAGAAGUCCAUAUUAUGGUUAUGGUGGAUAUAGUAAUUGGCGUAGUCCAUCAUUAAUAGCUUCAAUUUCUCCAGAUUAUCACAAACAAAUAUGGAUAACUAAUGAACAUAAUAGAUAUAGAAGAAUGGUUCCAGCAAAAAAUAUGAGAAUGGUUUAUUGGUCAAAUGAAUUGGCAAGAAGUGAUUUUCAUCAUUCUCGUAAUCGACCAAGUAAUGUUGGAGAAAAUAUUUGGGCCGCCCCUUAUUAUGAUUAUUCUGAUGCAAUUCAGCGUUGGUAUAUUGAAAUAAAUAAUCCUUGGUGUGCUUGUUCUACAGGAUAUAAACAUUGUUGCGGGCAUUAUAUACAAAUGGUUUGGGCAGAAACAAAUUUAAUUGGUUGUGGUUAUGCACAAUGUAAUGGAAUUAAUGGUGUUGGUGCUUAUGCUAGAGCUGUUUUUGUUUGUCACUAUAAUCCACAAGGGAAUAGAGUAAUGCCUUUAAAUAAUGGUGGCCUUUAUUCGUAUCCAGCAUAUGUUUAUGCAGCAAGAGAAUCAGAACGUUGUAGUGAAUGUCCAGAAGACCAACCUUCUUGUUAUGACGGUCUUUGUUAUAUGCCUUUAAAUUAUAGAAGAGUAACAACAACAACAGAAAGGCCAAAAACAACAACAACAACAACAGAAUUAACAACAAGAAAAACAAAUAAUUGGUAUAAUAAACAACAAACAACAACAACAACAACAUUAAAAACACCAAUUAAAACAACAACAACAUAUAAAUAUCCAAAUUAUUAUUAUAAUAAACAAAAAACAUUAGAACCAAAAAUAUAUCCAAGUUGGGAAGCUUAUUAUAAAGAAAAAGCUUUGGAAAAACAAUUACAAGGAAAUAAAGUGGAUAACAGAAAACGAAAAACAUAA